GCAGGAAUGGCCCUGGGGCUCAGUGCUUCUCCACCAGGUGUGCUUCUGCUCCUGUCCCUGCUGGGUCUGGCUGCCGCUGGGAAGCUCCUGGUGGUGCCAGUGGAUGGGAGCCACUGGCUCAGCAUGCGGGAGGUGCUGGAUACGCUCCAGCAGAAGGGACAUGAGGUGGUUGUAGUGGCACCUAAAGUGACUUUGCACAUCAAACCAUCCGAGAACUUUGUGAUGAAAAUGUACCCGGUCCCCUACACACAGGAAGAUAUGGAGAAAGAUUUUAAGGCGUUCUUCCAGGCUUCAUUUGAAGAAGGAUCUUUUUUUGAAAGAUUUUUAAAAGUGUACAGAGGUAUGAAAAGAAUCACUGACUUGGAGUUCUCCAGCUGUGAACAGCUCUUGCAAAACAAAGACCUCAUCAGGUACCUUGAGGAGAGCAAGUUUGAUGCUGUACUUACAGACCCUUUUGUGCCCUGUGGGGUAAUCCUAGCUGAGCAUCUUUCCCUUCCUUCUAUCUAUUUCUUACGAGGAAUCCCAUGUGGGUUAGAUUUUGAAGCCACUCAGUGUCCCAAGCCUCCUUCCUACGUCCCCAGGGUAUUUACAGACCUUACAGACCGCAUGACUUUUCUCCAGCGAGUGAAGAAUCUGCUCUUUGAUAUCCCAAGCAUUUUCCUCUGUGAUUUUGCCUUUGAACCCUACUCAAAACUGGCUUCAGAGUUCCUGCAGCGGGAGGUGACCGUGCUGGAUCUCUUACGCAAGGGCUCUGUUUGGCUCCUGAGGUUGGAAUUUGUGCUCGACUACCCAAGGCCUUUGAUGCCCAACAUCAUUCCAAUAGGAGGAGUAAACUGUGCUCACAAGGAGCUGCCUCAGAGCUGUUCCACAGCUGCCAUGGGGCCUGGGUCUCCUAGAGAUGACAUGGAAAGGGUGAGAGAGGGGCAACAGGCCUUGAGUGUGGGAAAGGAGAAGCCUCUGCAGGUCUGA